GUGCAAAUUAUGGUGCGUUUGAAUUAUUACAUAAACUGAGAAAUGUUUAUCUUCCAGAUAUUUUGAAUGUCAACUCUCAGGGCCCUUCCAGACAUGCCCUAUAUCCAAGGAUCUGAUCUGUGGUUUUCUGCAUUAUCCUGGAUCAUAUGAAUCCCCACUGCCAGAUAAUCUGGGAUAAAAAGAAAACGUGGAAUCAGAUUCUGGGAUAUAGGGUCUGUCUGGAAGGGCCCUCAUAUCCCUCUAGCAUGGCUAGGGUUAAUGCAAGACAUCGGAUAAACUCAAAGGUUCCUGAUGUUAGCUGUUGAUUUGAAGUUAACAGUUAAAUAUAUAACGAUUUCAAAAGAUCCUACAUUUUUAUGUUACAACAUCUCCCCCCUCUAAAUAGAUAUAUAUAUGUAUACAAACACACACACCUAGAAACUAUAUGAAUAAGCUUACUGGUAAAUGAUGUUUUUCAGUCUCGAUACCAAUCUGAAUGAAGAAUUCAGGGAUUUGCAAACAAACUAACACAGGCUUUGGUCUCUCCUAAUUCUGGCUAAUAGCAUCAGUAUGGCAGCAGUCAGUUUGCUCAGUCUCCCGGUCAAAAGUGAGAGCAGAAGUGUUGAUGCAGACAUUUCCAUCUUAGCAGCAGCUGCCACUCUACCCAUCACCAUACUCACAUCUCUUUGGUUUCCACAUGAUGAUUAAGGGAGCAUCUGCCUCUUUUUUGGCCAACCUGGAGGUUUUUAAACAAAGGCUAGAUGGCCAUCUGUCAGGGGUAUGUUGAUUUUGCUUUUCCUGCAUGACAGGAGGUUGGACUAGAUGGCCCAUGUGGUCUCUUUCAACUCUAUGAGUCCAUGAGUCUAACCUUUUGCCCCUUGGAGAUGGGCUUCUAUAAUCCCACAUCGCUAUGGUAGUAGAGUACGUUGCUAAGACCUACAGUUAAGUGGUUGCUGUAGCAGCGACAAAGAGAUGAUAUAGUUGUUAUGCCUAUUUUGACUUGAGCUUUAUUCCCAUGGUAGCAGUAUUCUGCAUGACAGCUUUAAUGGUCAGGAAGACAGGAGGGGCCUGAAUUAGGUGGUACAGCAACAUGAUUUCCGUGGCAAUAUGGGGUUCAUUUUGAGAUUCCAGGAAGCUGCCUGUACAGACAGCAAAAAUGAGAGAGCGUCGUCAAGGAAUAAAGUAAAUAAAGUUAAUGGCGAGUCCAGAGGUGUAGAUGAAUCAAGAGGAAGUCGGUGGGUGGGAAAGAGACAUGCGCAACACUCCCAUGCGCUGUUACCUGGGAGGAAGGAAGUACUUUUUGUACUGGGAAGGGCCUAGUUGCUUUGCCUUCAACAAGAUGUAGAUCAACAAAAUGAAUCCUCACAGGAUGGAUCUGGCUUUUCAAUAUAUUAUCAAGAGAAGCAGAAAGUGAAGACAAAGCCUGAUAGCGCAUUUGGGAGAGGGAGAAAUCCAGAAACCAAAGGUAAAGCAAAAGGACAUUCUGUCACGUGGCAACCAACUUCAAAAGAAGAGGAAACAACCUUAUACAUGAAAUAAACAAUAUAAGAAAGUGGAAUAUCCUCCACAGUGACAGGAAGGGCAGCCCAUUCAGCUAAGGACAAGCAAGACGUCUUAGCAAGAAAAGGGGCUGUGGGAGGGGGGGAGGCAAAUUUGGCAUUCUGCAUCUUUUAAUUUUAUCAGAGACUGAUUUGAGAGCUACCUCUUGUUGCUGUCAGCUGCUCCAAUGCUGGAUCACAGAGCUAGGAUGGACAGCUCCAAGAAGGAGAAGGUGGAACAAAUCUUGUCAGAAUUCCAGCUACGAGAAGAGGAUCUGAAAAAGGUGAUGCGCCGGAUGCAAAAGGAAAUGGACCGAGGGCUAAAGCUAGAGACUCACCAAGAAGCCUCUGUAAAGAUGCUGCCCACUUACGUGCGCUCUACUCCUGAGGGAUCAGAGGUUGGAGAUUUUCUAUCUUUGGAUCUUGGGGGAACCAAUUUUCGAGUUAUGCUGGUAAAAGUGGGCGAAGGUGAAGAAGGACAGUGGACUGUGAAGACAAAGCACCAGAUGUAUUCAAUCCCAGAAGAUGCCAUGACAGGAACAGCUGAAAUGCUCUUCGAUUAUAUCUCAGAAUGCAUCUCUGACUUCUUAGACAAACAUCAGAUGAAACACAAAAAGCUACCUCUGGGUUUCACAUUUUCCUUCCCUGUACGGCAUGAAGACAUUGACAAGGGGAUCCUACUGAACUGGACUAAAGGUUUCAAAGCAUCAGGCGCAGAAGGGAACAAUGUUGUGGGGCUUCUGAGAGAUGCUAUUAAACGGCGAGGGGACUUUGAGAUGGAUGUGGUUGCAAUGGUCAAUGACACAGUGGCAACAAUGAUAUCCUGCUACUAUGAGGAUCACCGAUGUGAAGUUGGCAUGAUAGUGGGCACAGGUUGCAAUGCUUGUUACAUGGAGGAGAUGCAGAAUGUUGAGCUGGUGGAAGGGAAUGAAGGUCGAAUGUGUGUCAACACUGAAUGGGGAGCCUUUGGGGCAUCCGGAGAACUGGAUGAGUUCCUCUUGGAGUAUGAUCAUGUGGUGGAUGAGACCUCGCUUAACCCCGGUCAGCAGCUGUAUGAGAAGAUUAUAGGAGGGAAGUACAUGGGUGAAAUUGCACGACUAGUUCUGCUAAAACUUGUUAAUGAAAAUUUGCUCUUCAAUGGAGAAGCUUCAGAGAAGCUGAAAACCAGAGGGUCAUUUGAAACACGUUUAAUUUCCCAAGUUGAAAGUGAUCCUGGUGACCGUAAGCAGAUCUACAACAUUCUGACAUCCUUUGGGCUUUUGCCCUCAGCAACAGACUGUGACAUUGUUCGUAUGGUAUGUGAGAGAGUUUCAACACGGGCUGCACAGAUGUGUUCAGCAGGGCUGGCUGGUGUCAUCAACCGGAUGAGAGACAGCAGAAGUGAGGAGACACUAAAGAUCACUGUAGGCGUGGAUGGUUCAGUCUACAAGCUCCAUCCCAGCUUCAAAGACCGAUUCCAUACAACAGUCCGACAACUGACACCAGGCUGCGACAUCACAUUCCUGCAGUCGGAGGAAGGCAGUGGCAGAGGGGCCGCUCUCAUCUCUGCAGUAGCAUGCAAAAUGGCCUGCAUGAUCAGCCAGUGAACUGGCACUGGCCACGGACCAUGGGAAGAAAAGCGCCUGCCUGGGACACGUCUCUUCUGUCCAGGGGCCUGACUGAGUUGUUUUAGAGGGUGCCAAGGAGCUCAACCAAUGGAAGGAAGGUUUUCCUGGGGAGGGGGGACACAGGGGAUGGGGGAAGGGAGUAACACUGGGUUUCUCCUAACCUCUACUAGUAGAACAUAAAAUAAGCAUUCAAAACCACAGCCUUUCUGUCCUUAAAACCUUCUCCACUACAGCAGAGUCUGUGGGGGCUUCAGUUUAUGCAAUAAACAGUUUUGCGUAGUUCAUUGUGGAUGCAACAGUGUGGGAGAGCUGGACAUUGAAUAAAUGAUGUAUGAGGUUUUUUUUUCCUUUUAUGGUAAGCUGAAGAAGAGGAAUCUGGGCAAAAUGACUGGCACAAAGUGCUGUUUUCCACCAGGUGGUACCAUCAGGGUGUGAUUUAAGGGCAGGAGUUAAGAAUGUGGGCCUCUUGUCCAAUCCUGCUAUCUGGCUUACCACAUUUCAGGGACUGAGGCAAUACAUAUUAUUAUCAGAAGAGAGGGGGCAUAAGAAGUAUUAUUAUGCUAGAACAGGCAUGGGCAAACUUUGGCCCUCCAGGUGUUUUGGACUUCAACUUCCACAAUUCCCAACAGCUGGUAAGCUGGUUGGGAUUUCUGGGAGUUGAAGCCCAAAACACUUGGAGGGCCAAAGUUUGCCCAUGCCUGUGCUAGAAUCUAGUUUUAAGUAACUGCAUGGUUUCUUUUUAUGCAAAUCAGAGACAGAGGGAAAUAUGAUGCCUUCAUUAGCUGGUUGUGAAAAUAGAGUGAAAAUUAAGCAGAGAAGAAAAUAAUGACAUGACAUUCAUCUGGUUUUUAAGACACUGGCAUGAAUGCAUCUUUGUCCGCUGCAGGUCAAAUCAUUAUGUGCACAAGUGGAAGUUAAGGCUGUAUAUGAAAGGUCAGAGAUCUUAAACUGCACACUACAUAUGUUAAUUAGUGUGUAGUUUCUCAAUGAGGGUUGAUACAGAUGUACACUGUGCUUUAUACAUAGUUACACACAAUUCAGGUUUUAACCUAUUUGAGUCAUGCCUUGGUUUAGCCCUCUGACAAAUUCCAUCCCAACCUCUCUGAUCCUGAUUCCUGGCCAUGCAUUUAUUUGACUCAGACACUCUCUCUUCCUGCUGCCAUAAGAUUGUUUAUUUCCUUCUAAUUCCGCCCUUUUAUCUCUCUCCUGAUAUCCUGUUCAUGGAUCCAGGGACCCUUUUGUAUUAAAAAUAAUAAGAAUAAAAAAAAUGGCAAAACUCAA